AUGUCAACCACAACAAUGAGCUCGCGAGUCCCCAUACACCGCCUGCUGCGCGCCCGCACCACGCGCCCGUUCUCCCUCGCCCCCGCGCUCCCGCACACCCGCUGCAUCUCGACCCCCACCGUCCUGCGCCCCAGCUUCUGGGCCUCGAUGAUCCCCAAGCCCCUCCGAAAAACCACCCCAGACCCCUCCUCCACCACACCCUCCACCGCCCCCUCCCGCGCCUGGAACCCCGCAACCCCCUACAUAAUCCUCAGCCUCCUCGUCGGCUCCCAGGCGAUCCAGAUCCUGUGGCUGAAGCAGGAGCGCGCGCACAGCGCCCGGCGCGCGGAAGCACAGAUCGGGUUGUUGAGGGAGGUGAUUGAGCGCGUGCAGGGGGGUGAGGAUGUGGAUGUUGAGGGGGUGUUGGGGGUGGGUGAUGCGGGGCGGGAGGCGGCGUGGAGGGAGGUUGUGGAUGGGGUUGCGGGGGAGGAGAGGUUGUUUGUGGGGAAGAAGGGGAGGAGGAGGGAGAGGGAGAUGGAGAGGGCGAGGGAGGGGGGUGUGGAUGGUAUGGGGGAUGUAGCGAAAGAAGAGGUGAAUCAAGAUGGUGGUCACGAUGCAGCGAAAGAGGAGGGCAUUGCUAAGGUAGAGAGCAUUGGGGGUGUCAAGUUCUAUUAA